UUAUCAGCUUUACAAAUAUCAUUUUGUUUACUGUGAGAAUACUUUUUCUAAUUUUUAACCAAUAUCGUUUUUAUUUCCUGUUAUGAAAUAGCUUGAAUUAGUGGCAACUGCAUUCUUAAUUUUCGUUUCUUGUUCUUGUUUCGAUAUCUAAAUUUUUGAGGAACUUGUUUUAUUGAAGUGUUUGACUAUUGUAAACUAUUUUUCUUAUCAUGGAGGAACAAGAAAAUAACGCUUUUGGAACCAUGCGUAACUUGAUUGAAAACCUUGAAUUGGAGCAAAGUAAUGUGCAGAACUAUCUACAAGAUUUAACUAAAAUAAGACAUUCAUUAGAAGAAAAAAUUGAAGCAGAUAAUCAUAAACUGCGAGAAUUGAAUGAUGUAGGACACAAACUGGAAACUGCAAAUAUAGUCAAUGAGUUUAAACUGGAAAAAAUAGAAAAGGACGCAGAAGAGUUGGAAAGGAAAAACAAAUUUCUACGAGAAAUAAUAGAAAAUGUUCACACUAAAAUUAAAACUAAUCAAGAAAAGUACGUCACUGAACUAGAACAGUUACAGACUGAAGUUGUUAAUUUAUGUGAGUUAUUCGGCUCAGCUGCAUUUACUUAUAGUAAAGAUUCAGUUAAAGCCGAAAUCGAAAAGAUAUAUAAAGCAACAGAGGAAGCUCAGAAAGAAUAUGAAGCUACACAGGAGAAGUUAAAUGUAGCCAAAAACGAGCUGGAUGAUAUAGUAUUGUACAGCGUUCCAACAAGUAAACAAGAAAUGGAGAUACCAUUAGGGCAGCGUAAAAUCGUUCUAAAUUUAUUUGAAGAAGCCCUUUUCGAAGAAGAAAGCAGGUUGGAUCAUUUGAAAAACAAAAAAGCUUCCAAAGAAUCAGAAUUAGAAAGUAACAUGGCAUAGUUUCUUACAAGAAAAAUAAGUUAUUUUAUCUAUCUCUCUAGACAUAUGUAACCUUCAAUAACCUCUUUUGUAACUUUUGUGCAAUACUAAUACAAAACAGUCUAAUGAAGACAUUUUUGUUAAGAUACCACAAAUGUGACAUACAGAAAGAAAUAAAAAUGAAAAAACUAUUUUUAUUGUUAUUUUUUAAAUAUAUAUACCCACACAAAAGUGUUAGUCACAAUUUUUUUUAGAAAUUUAAAUGUUUGUCAUUAAAUUUUAACUUUCCUUUUUAAAAUAGAAAUACAUUAGCUUAAUCAAAAGAACUUUUUGAAUGAUUGCAUGAUAAAAUAAAGAAGUUUUUGAUCAGUUGCAAAUACACUUAUGUAGAAAAUAAAAACUAAAAAAAAGUU